GUCGUCGUCGGUUGCUAUAUCCAUCGUAACGGCGUGAAAAACAGUGCGAUUCGAUCGGACGUCAUGUUGAGGACCGCAGACAUCGCGCAUCAGCUGCAACACUAUUGCGACGUGUUCGACGACUGCCCUCUCGGCGGAACCGUCGCCGAGGGCCUGCAGUGGUACGACGACUGUGGUUACGGUUACGUCACCGCGGAGGAACAGUCGGCCGGUCGCCGGUCGGCCAGCGGCGGUAGCGACCAGAGUUACGGCGGCGGCGCAAAGGCUGACGCGGCGGGCAGCAGGAAACGCCGUCGGUUAGCGGCCAACGCGCGCGAGAGGCGCCGCAUGGACGGCCUGAACAAAGCGUUCGACCGGCUCCGGGGCGUCGUGCCGGCCGCCGACGACGAGCGCAAGCUGUCAAAAUACGAAACGCUUCAGAUGGCCCUCACGUACAUCGUGGCCUUGCACGAACAGCUCGGCGGAACGCCCUCGACGGCCAGCGGCAGUCCGGUCCCCGCCAGGCCACACGCAACGAAACCGUCCGCGGCGGCCGUGUCCACGCGUUACGCCCAUUGCGGCGCGCCGCUGCCGUGGCCACCGCAACAGCAGUAGACGGCCGCCGCGCCGGUACGUUACGGAUCGUGUUGUGUGAUUGGCGUGAUUUCAACAAAUACCUAUUAGAGGCGCUGAAGCCUCUUAUUUUAAUUUUAGUUAGACUAGAAAGUCAGACUUGAAAAUUACGUAAGUUGUGGGGGUAUUGUUUUCAAAAUUGUGUAUGUUUGAUAAUCACCCAAAAGCCCCAAAAAUUGUAUCUAUACGGGUCGCUAUCGUCGGUUUUCCCCAAACGUAUUACCUAAUUAAUAUAAUUAUGAUUUCGCGGCGACACAAUACUCUGUCGUGAGCAUUUUUUUAGGCUUAAUUCGAGUUAUUUGUCGAGCAAAUCAUUAUUUAUUUUUUCUUUGUAUAAAAUACUUUCGGCGCGUUAUACUUUGUCGUAUUGUCCAUUUCAAUUACUUAUGUCUGCAAGAACAAUAAUAUGCAAUAUCUGUUUUACUCCAAAGGCUAAUUACGACGUAAAACGGUCUUUGUUGACUCUUUGUUAAUAAGAUUCAUAAUUGAAGACCGUUUUACUUGUUCUCAUUUUAUUUUAUUAUAAUCUAAGCUUAUAUUUUAAAAAACCAUGAUGUCGGUACUUAUUUAAAUCUCUAUUCGACCCGUAAAAAAAAUUAUUACACUACUUUAUGAAACUCUGAUUCAAUCAAUUACGUUAUAUGUUUGAAUAAAGU